ACAACGACAACGACAACGACAACGACAACGACAACGACAGCAACGAUCAACUGAUCUACAGACCGCUGUGAUGGGUAUAAGGAAGCAUGCUAGUAGUGUGGAGGGAUCUGAAGCGCAAGCUACCCCACCUAAGAAACAGCGUGGACGAACCGCGAGAGAAACUAUUCCCGAGCAGAACAGCUCAGCAACAAAGAGACGCCCUGGACGUCCUGAAAAGCGCGUGUUUUAGGGUCAUAUAAUUGAAAGUAUAUGUUUAGUAGCAGUAUUUGGUUAUGAUGUUGUAAUCUGCGUUUGCGUUUUGAUAAACACUUAUUCAAUAAAAUUGGCUCGUAUGGUGGAUCAUUA